AUGUUGAGUUUCAAAAAGUAUCAGGACUUGAUCUCACUGCUAUUUUACAAGCAUGGUUUGACUUGUUCUACGUACCCAGCUAUCUACAUCUGUGGUGUCAUCAUUGCUUUCCUAUUUGUUUGUUACCCAUUCUCAGACCUGCCAUUCCCAGCGAACCCUGCUCAGUACUACACCACACCUUUUCACGGCCACCAGGUGCCUCUGUCUCGAUCCCACUUCAAUGUCCACUUUAAUAGCUCUGCAAAUCUCAUUGACCCUGAUGUACCAAGAUGGUACUUUGAUGCACCAGUCUCGUACAUACAGCAAAUUGUGGUUAAAUCAUCAUUGCCAUCAUCUCUGACCUCAUCAUCUUCAUCGUCUUCAUCAUCUUCGUCUGCAUCUUCAUCGUCUUCGUCAUCAUCUUCAUCUUCCUCAUCAUCUUCUUCACCAUCACCAUCAGGUUUAAAGUCUUCAUUAGAAGUUGUCUUUGAUCUGUUGGAGCACAUAGAUUCUUACAGGUUGAAUGACAGUAACAGAAUCCUUUCAAUGACUGACCUGUGUUUUCGAGUUUCUGAAGUGACCUUGUCCCUUUCAUCGUCAUCGUCGUCAUCAUCAUCUACAGGUGGUGGUGGGGAUGAUACCGUUGUUGAGGAUAACGAUGGUGAUGAGGAUGAUGGAACGUUUCAUCUACCUCAGUAUAACUGCCUGUUUCUCUCACCUGCCAGAUUGUGGGAUCAGGAUCGAGAUAAAUUCAUCGAUUCACUUAACAAAGAUCUACAUGAGAAAUACCACAAUGUUAUUAGCUCGGCACCCAUAAAGAACAACAAUACUUCAUCAUCGUCGUCGUCCUCAUCAUCGUCCUCAUCAUCGUCUUCAUCGUUACCGACCUUGAGAGUUGACCACAUGGUACACAUACAUUACCAGACGCACAACUACUUUGUAGAGUACACCCCCCUUAUAUUCGCAUACGUCGUCUUAUGUCUUUAUCUCUACUUCUCUGUCCGCAAAAUAGAGAUGGUGAAGUCGAAGUGGGGGCUAGCCCUAAGUGCCAUGGUGACCGUUGUUGCUUCUCUCUUUAUGUCUGUCUCUCUCUGUAUGUCUGUCGGCCUCACUCCCAGUCUCAAUGGAGGUGAAAUCUUUCCAUACUUGGUGGUGAUAAUCGGCUUGGAGAACAUUCUGGUGAUCACUAAGUCCGUGGUAAGUACGCCUGUUCACCUGGAGGUCAAAUUGAGAAUUGCUUUGGGCUUGCAGAAGGAAGGAUGGUACAUCUUUAAGAAUCUUCUAACUGAAUUUUUCAUCCUAGCCGUCGGGUUUUUAACUUUUGUUCCCGCCAUUCAGGUUUAUUGGGGUUUUUUCAUCGGUGUUCUUCUGUUUCAGCUAUCAGAUCUUCAGAGGCAUCAUUCAGCAUUGGAGCGCCAACGACGAACAAGCAGCAGCAACAACAUAAACAACAACACCAGUAACCCCACCAACAACAAUAACAACACGCAAUGCACGUAUAAAGACCAUCAUAUUCAAGAACUAGCAUCAUCACCAUUUUCUACGCUGUGGUACCUCUACAACAGGACCACAAAAAGCCACAACUACAACAACAACAACAACAAUAUAAACAAAGGCAACAAAGGUAAUAGUUGCGACGAUGACGACGAUGAUGGUUAUCUGUAUGAUAGUGAUGGAGAGAAAGUAUCAAAACGAGUGAGACUGCUCCAUGUGUGGGCCAGGUAUCGGAUACUGCAGAGAGCUAUCAUGGUUUUCAUCAUCAUAUGGAUAGCUCUCGUGGUCUUCAAGACAACGAUAAUGGAUGACGAACACUCAUCACCAUCGUCGUCUUCAUCAUCAUCUUCCUCCUCAUCAGCAUCAUCAUUUGUCUCAAACAAAGAUACAGCCAAUAUGGAAGAUUCCUCGUUUGAACUACCAAAGUUGUUUUAUAGCAGUAAACUCAGUAGCAGCAACAAAAACAUCACUUACUUACAGAGCAACAAAAGGUCAUUUAUAGAUUCGCCAUUUAGAUCAUCGUCGUCGUCUUCUUCAUCAUCAUCUUCGUCAUUAUUAUCUUCGUCGUCGUACAUGGAGCAUAAUGAUUUGGAGCUAUGGAAACAGUUGCCAUAUAAUCAUUGGGAGAAUUUGUACAGUUGCUAUAACAUCAGCCUCAUGGGAAGAAGUACCUUAGAAUUCGUACUCAGUACAUUCCUGGGUCUCUUCAGUGUGGUUCUGUUGUCCUGUUGCUUGUUCAUGCUCUAUGACUGUUUCUGUCCACGAAGAUACGCAAGUUGGAGAUCGUCGUGGAGCAGCAGACAUGCAUCAGCAGAUGGGAGGGACCAGCACAACAAGUACUACAAGCAGAUCAGAGAGGCCAGACCGUUGCUUCUUCGUGGUCAUCGCCAGGAAGUUGAAUGCAUAUGUACCGACGGUCGUCUGAUAGCCAGUUCCUGUUUGGGAGGGGAGCAGCAACAAAAAUCGCCCUCACUGCUACCAACGACACCAUCGUUUGACCUCUCAGCUAUCGACAACUUCUUCUGCGAUAGCAAACAUUCUUCCAAACAUGAAAAACGUCAUCAACAUCAGCAGCACUCCAGGCACAGGGUGGUUGAUGCGACCUUGGCCUCUAUCAUUCCAGACCUCACUGAGACCAUUGACACUGAUUUCCUGAGAAGGGCAAGGUUAAAUAAAAGUAAGAACAACAACAACAACAACUGCGACUACAUUAACAACGGAACCAACGCAGAUAACAACGAGAACAUCAAUAGCAUUAACAUAAACAACAACAGCAGCAACACCAUUAAAAACGACAACAUCAAAAUUAACAAUAACACCAACAACACCAUCAACAACAACAGCAACAGGACAUCAUCUAUAUUCCGGUACCCUGUCAACAUAGACGACGACGACGACGAUGACGACUGUAUCAAUCACAAACAUGAUGAGGCCGCAUCAAAUGAUAACAUACUCACUUCAAACACUCUUAUCAGUUACAUAUCGUCUGAUAGAAACAGCAGAAUUAGCUGUAGUAUAGCUAACAACUCCAGUAUCAAUAAUAAUAAUAAUAAUAAUAAUAAUAAUAAUAAUAAUAAUAAUAAUUACAGUUAUAAGAACAAUAACAAUAAUGAUAAUAAUAAUAAUAUAAAUAAUAACAAUAAUAAUAACAUAGACUCUAAUACUGUCGUACACAGUAGUAGUAGUGGUCUUAACAAUGUUAAUAAUAGCGAUAGUAAAAGUAAUAAUAAUAGUAAUAAUAAUAAUAAUAAUAACAAUAAUAAAAGUAAUUGCGGCUUUGAUUUUACGCAAUUUCAACCAUACUUUGACGAGCAACGAGCCAUUUACGAAUCGGGCAAGCAAAGGCAGAAGAUAGUGACGUUGAGGAAGAGGAAGAGAGAUAAGUGUCUGCAUGCUAGGAGUCAGAAAAAAGAUGAAGUUGUGGUAGAUGAUGAAGAAUUCACGCUGGGGUCUGCCAUCUGGUGUAUGGCCUUCAAGUCCAAUCUCAUCGUUCUCGGCUGCGGGUCUGGAGAUAUUGAGGUUUUUGUUGGGGCUGAUGGCCAGAAGAGUUUCCAGUGCACACACUUGUGGUCAACCAGGGCUCACCAGCUGACCAUCAACUGCAUCCAAUCUGACGGUGCCCUCGUCUUGUCAGCCGGCCAGGAUUUUAUCGUCAAGGUCCACAAGUUAGCCGACCAUUCCUGCCUGUACACUUUGAUAGGCCAUGAGGCGUGUGUCACUACACUUCUGGUUGAUAAGGACGACAAGUUAGCGAUAACAGGAUCUGACGACUGUUCACUGAGACUCUGGUCUCUACAGACAGGUUCAUGCCUUCAUAAGCUCAUUGGUCAUGAAGGGACUAUAACCUGCGUUACCUACGAUAACAAUCAUUACAACAACUCCGGUGAAGCCGAUGAUGUCAUACGGUUGUUCAGUGUUGCGUUGGACGACAGGUUGUGUAUCUGGGAUACGCGAAGAGGUCAUCUCCUGCAUUGUAUUCAAAUGGAUCCUGGAUGUAGCAACACGUUGGCAGUUUUAUCCCAUCAACUCAUCCUUACUGGGGGACUGGGCUGCCUCUACCUGUGGGACGUGGAUAAGGAGGUGGUCCUCCGAAGAAUGCCCCUGAGUGAAGAGCCCUCUUCCGUCUUUAUCAGACAACUGUUCGUCUGCCAGGCAGGUCAUAUUGUCUGCGAUUAUGGGUCACAACUGAGAGUCAUCAGGCUUAAUUUUGUACUUGAGAAGGAUGAGUGAGUGAGUGAGUGAGUGAGUGAGUGAAUUAAUGAGUGAAUUAAUGAGUGAAUUAAUGAAUGAAUUAAUGAGUGAAUUAAUGAGUGAAUGUAUGAUUCUGUCGUUGAUGAAUUAUUUGAUUUGUCGAUGGAAAUAUGAAUGGAUAAUUCUAAUGAAUAUUGGAUCGAUAGAUUAGAGUAAUUGGAUUUAUUGAUUGGUUGAUUGAUUGAUUUGGUUGAUUGAUUGAUUUGGUUGGUUGUUUGAUUGAUUGAUUGAUUGAUUGAUUGAUUGAUUGAUU